AUGAACGGGCAGACGGAGAUAUCCUUCUCAAGUCCUGGUGGAGCUGCAACCGUCGGUAGGAUGCGCAUUUCUCCUUCGCCAUGGGACAGUGGAAAGGAAGCCCUGAAAGAAUGGGCCUCUCAUGCGCCUGCGUCUACCCGUCACGCCGUAGUCAAGGGUCGAUCCUGGCCGCUAGGCCGAAGCUUCCAGCUGACGACUCUGCUCCUCGUGUCUGCCGUUGCUGUGGCGUUUGUGAUACUCCGUUGCCAUCGUCAGAUCACUGCUGUGAACAACCCUGGAAACGGGCCUCUGAGGUCUCUUGCUGAAGGGGAAGGUGCGGGGCGCGCAACGCUCUGCGGGGCAAGUGAAGUGCACGGCAGCCUGUUAGCCGCCGGUGCCAGUGGUGCCAUUGAACUUGCUUUGCUAGAGCGGGCUGAAGGUGUGGUGCAAAGGCUGAUACAGGUGACAAAAGAUUGCCGUUCGGCUGCCGUUUUGGUCCCGCAGUCAUUUAGUAUGAAGGUAGUCUUCCUUUUCCUGGGGUUUUGCAUUCAAGAAGUCGCUGCUCUUUCGGCAUUGUUGGGUGUAGAGUUUGAGGAGCAAAAGGUGGAGGCCCUUCAGACAGCUGUUCAAGCAUCCAAGGAAGUAAGGUUCGCUUGCUUUCAACAAGCCAGAAAGUCGCAACUGCAGCAUGCAUCUCGAAUGGAGCGGUACGCUCAAGAGUUCUGGGGAACUGACGUGGAGAACCCUCCACUCGCAGCUGAAGUGCGUACACAGAUGCUGAAGGAGCUUCUUGAGCUUCAGGAACUGGCACUAGAGCUUAUAGAGGCUGCCGUUGCGUCGCUUUUGCAGUCUGAACACUCAGGAACCCAAGUUACCGAGGAGGUCACCCUUCAUUUCGUCGAUGAAGUGACACGAGUCGUCUACACCCGACGUGAUCAGGUCUUUAAAAAUAAGCAUUUGAGUCACUACCUGCGGAUCGCUGAAGAGACCCGCUCCCGGGGAAAGCUAGUGGGUCCGCUGAAAGUCAAAGAUUUAGACGAGAGACCCGAACAAAGUUUCGAAGAGCAAUAUGAGGAUCUAAUUAAGGGUAAAAAUUGGGUGGGAAAGCCCUGGAAUAAAACUGAAGGCGAUUUGUUAGAGGCCUCUCUUCAAACAGAAGUAUCCCCAGAAGAACAAAGCGAUUCGCUCGGCAUGGAUGGAGCCUCUGGAGAGGGCGCGCCAGCUCGAACAAGGCGUGCUAGACGCGCUCGCAGAGGCAGCGUGGUACCUCCGCGCCUUAAAGCGAGCAGCAGGUCGUCCGGGAUGGGACCGUCCAAAACUCUGAAAGAGGAAACACAUGGCAGUCCGGCAAAAGCACGCACAACUGAGCCUGCAAUCACUCACCAGGCACCCACUACUGCCUCGUCUCGCGGUCAGCAAUUGCAUGAGCUGGAUAUUGCAGUGCCAGCACUGUCUCCAGACGUUCUCCUACGCGGCGGUACUCGGCCCCCUCCUGGUCCUGCAGCAUCUCCUUUUCCGGCCGCGAGUCUAACUGUGCCAGCGGCUGCAGAAACGUUGGAGGCACCAUGGGGAAGAAGGGAAGCUACAACACAGUUUGGCGUAACCGAACAAACGCCAUCAACACCCUGGUCUAGCGCGUGGCCCCCUCGCUUACGGGUUUCGCCUCGGCCUCCGGCUCCAGAUUCAGCCUCCGCAACGGCAGCAGAUGUGGCGGACGCAAUGGAAGGAUUGAGCUUAUAUCAGCCCACUCAACCUUUGGAUAGCCAGCUUUGGGAAGUUUCCUCUUCCGUUGAUGCUCAGCUAUCUUCGUUCUUGACAACUCCGCAGUCAAUCAGCAAAGCUGCCAGUGAGAUGCUAGACUCCUUGCGAACGCAGGCGCCGCCUAUGGACAUGCAAGGCAUGGCCCGAUACCGUUCAGGGUUUAGCUUCUAUGCUCCUUCCUCAUCAAUUCCACCUCCUAACGAGACGGACGAUAGUUGA